CGCACCUACCUGUAGUUUUGCUGGGAUAUCGAGCUUUGGAUUUUGACCAUCUUUUCCUCUAUAACUUGGAGUUUAAGGGAUUUUUUCGAGGACAAAGUAGGCAGCAAGAAACUCGGAAGCUCGCGGCUAACACCAGGAGCGGCCUGCAACAUGUCUGGAUCUUUACCGUUCUACCAGAAGCACCACCGCCACUAUGACCGUGACUACAGGAGCAAGGAGACAGUGUCCAAACUGAGCCAGUACCAGGCCAGCAGCAGGUACACGGCUGGCAGCAGCACCUCCGCUGCCACCAGCAGGAGCAGUGGACUUAACGUGUCUACACAUUAUGGGCUGGAAGCGAGCAGACUGAGCCCUAUACUCAAGAGGGCCAAGCCAACUUACUUGGCUGUGGAUAAGGACCACCAAAUCAUCGGCUACGUAGUGCCUAUCUUCAGGGGCAGUCAAGAGUUUGGGACUGGGUUUUCGAGUAGAGAGGAAGCAAGGGUGCGGGACUCUUCUGAGUACAUGGCCCGCAGGGAUUUGUUCACCAGUGGCAUGGAGAUGGAGAGGUCAGAGCAGACCUCCAGGAGGGAGGCCAUUCGAGAGACGGCCGAGCGCAUCUCUCUAAACAAAAGGAUCCAUGAACACGGGGUACACUUUAAGCGUAUGAACGAAGACAGCCUGAUGCAUACCCCGGAGUUUGUGAUUAAACCGCGCUCCCACACUGUGUGGGAGAAGCAGUGUGUGCGGCUGCACUGCACUGUCCGCGGCUGGCCGGACCCCCGGGUCGUCUGGUACAAAAACAAUGUUGCCAUCGACCCUGUUGGCCAUGGUGACAAGUAUAAACUUGAGAGCAAAUACAACAUGCACUCACUGGAGAUCAACAGAUGUGAUUUUGAUGACACAGCCCAGUAUCGUGUCUCUGCCAUGAACUCCAAGGGAGAGCUGUCUUCAUUUGCCUCUGUCGUUGUUAAGAGGUUCAAAGGUGAUAUGGAUGAGUCCCUGCCAUCCCCUAGACGGGGCAGUACUGAAGAUGGCCCCGUGUGUGAGUACGGCGUAAACUUCAAGACUCACAUUGUUGAUAAAUUUGGUGUGACGUUUGGAAGAGAGGGUGAGACCAUUAGUCUUGGAUGUACAGUCAUCAUUUCCCCUGCCCUGCACCGCUAUCAGCCAGAGAUCCAGUGGUACAGAGACGAUGUCCUUCUGUCUCCUUCUAAAUGGUACAACAUGCACUGGAGUGGAGAUCACGCCACAAUGACCCUCACACACCUGAACAAAGAGGACGAGGGGCUCUACACCCUGCGUGUCACCACCAAGUCUGGAUAUGAAACCUACUCCGCCUACGUCUUUGUCAGAGAUUCUGAAGCUGAGGUUGAAAGAGCUCCUGGGGCCCCUCUGGAUGUGCGCUGCCUGGAUGCCAACAAGGAUUACAUCAUCGUCACCUGGAAGCAGCCAGCUGUCGAUGGGGGAGACUCCAUUUUGGGCUACUUUGUGGACAGAUGUGAGGUUGGAACCACCCACUGGGUCCAGUGCAAUGACACUCCGGUUAAGUUUGCCCGUUUCCCCGUCACCGGUCUGGUGGAGGGCCGCUCCUACAUGUUCCGUGUGCGUGCCGUCAACCAGAAUGGCAUGAGCCACCCGUCCAGGGUCUCUGAGCCGGUAGCUGCCAUGGACCCCUCUGACCGCGCCCGCAUUAGAGGUGCCUCUGCUCCUUGGACUGGCCAAAUCAUUGUCACAGAGGAGGAGCCUGCAGAGGGCAUUGUUCCUGGCAGACCUCUUGAGCUGCAGGUGACAGAGGCCACCAAGAACUAUGUGGUGCUGAGCUGGAAGCCCCCUGGAGACAAAGGCCUUGAGGGUGUCAUGUACUAUGUGGAAAAAUGUGUUGCGGGCUCAGACACCUGGCAGAGGGUGAACACUGAGAUCCCCGUCAAGUCUCCUCGCUUUGCCCUGUUUGAUCUUGCUGAGGGGAAUUCCUACAGCUUCCGCGUCCGCUGCUGCAACGCUGCUGGUGUCGGCGAGCCAUCUGAUCCAACGGAGGCCUCAACUGUUGGAGACAAGCUUGAUAUCCCAUCUGCCCCAAGCAAAGUUGUCCCUAUCAGAAACACAGACACAUCCGUUGUUGUGUCUUGGCAAGCAUCCAGUGAAGCUAAGGAGUUGGUUGGAUACUACAUUGAGGCGAGCGUUUUGGACAGCAAUGAGUGGGAGCCAUGCAACAACAAGCCUGUUAAUGUUACCAGGUUCAUCUGCCAUGGUCUGACGACGGGAGAGAAAUACGUGUUCAGGGUGAGGGCAGUGAACGCAGCAGGGCUCAGCCAGUUCUCCCCAGAGUCUGAGCCUGUGGAGGUGAAGGCUGCUAUUGGGGGCGGCAUCCCUCAUGGUGUGUUGCCGGAGAUGGGUCCGGGGGGUAACGCUGGCCAACUAACUGAGCACAGGCCACGCUGGACGGGCACGCAUGAAAAUGUCCAGUCCCCCCUUUACACUAAGCGCAAUAAAGCUCAGGCUGACACGAAGGCCAGGCAGGGGGCUGGGCCAGAUAGCUCAGCACUCACACAGCCUGACCCCGUCGAAAAUAAACACAAGGGGGGCAAGAAAGGCAGUGUGUCCUGGGCCCCUGACCUGGCAAAAGACCUGGUCUCAGAGUCUGUGUCAGACUCAGUUUCUGACUCACUAACUGCACAAUUAGAACCUGUCACUGCUGAGGUUCAGGAUCAGGCUGUAAAGACAGUCAAUGAGCCUGAGGCCAAACAAGCACGUAAGUUCCCUGUAGAUGCUUCUGCUAAUCUGGAGACUGCAAGGCCCCGGAGAGAGUUGGAAGCCUCCCCUGCUCCACCCUAUGGCAUCACUGUCCUGGAGUGUGUAUUUGACUCCAUGGUGCUGUCCUGGAAACAGCCAACAUUCAUCGGCGGUGCUGACAUCACCGGAUACUUCGUGGAUUACCGUGAGGUCAUCGAUGGUGUGACAGGGAAGUGGCACGAGGCCAACAUCAGGUCGAUCAGCGAGAGGGCCUACAGGGUGUCUGAUCUGAAGGAGAAGAGGAAGUAUCAGUUCCAGGUGCGGGCAGCCAACAUGGCAGGUGUCGGCAUCCCUUCACUGCCCAGUGACACCUUCCUGUGCGAGGAGUGGACCAUCGCUGUGCCAGGGCCUCCUCACGACCUGCAGGUAAGAGAGGUGCGUAGCGACUCUCUGGUGUUGCUUUGGAAACCACCUGUAUACCAGGGCCGUGAUCCGGUCAACGGGUUUUACAUCGACAUCAAGGAAGCAGACGCACCAGUGGAGGCGUGGAAAGGAGUCAACACUAAGGCCACAGAGAAGACGUUCUUCAAGGUCCCCAUUGUCCGGCUGAGUUAUUUUGUCCAGUUACAUGUGUGGCAGCAGCUGUUGUGUAAUCUGAUUUCUUUCAUUUUGCAGAUUAAGAAUCUGAAGGAAGGGGGGAAUUUUGUGUUCCGUGUACGCGCUCAGAAUAAAGCUGGCGUUGGACAAACCUCAGAGGAGACAGAGCCGGUCAUAGCUGUCACUAAACCAGGCACUAAGGAGAUCGCAGUGGAUGUUGACGAUGACGGUAUCAUAUCCCUGAAUUUCGAAUGCUGUGACACAACUCCCGACUCCAAAUUUGUGUGGUCCAAGGAUUACGAGGAAAUAGCAGACACAUCCCGCCUGACAAUAGAGACCAAGGGGAACAAAUCCAAAACUAUUUUCAAUACUCCUGCGGAGGAGGACAUUGGUAUUUACUCAUGUAUUGUCACCCACACUGAUGGUGCUUCAUCCAGCUACACUCUCUCUGAGGAAGAGUUGAAGAGGCUGCUGGAGGUCAGUCAUGACCACAAAUUCCCCGUUAUUCCCCUGAAGUCAGAGUUGGCUGUGGAGCUGUUGGAGAAGGGCAAAGUUCGCUUUUGGCUGCAGGCGGACAAGAUGUCAGCUAACGGCAAAGUCGAUUACAUCUUCAAUGAUAACCUUAUCUCUCAGGGGGAUAAAUACAAGCUCAACUUUGACAAGAACACCGGCGUGAUUGAGAUGAUCAUGGACUCUCUGACUCCAGCUGAUGAGGGCACCUUCACCUUCAAAUUGCAGGAUGGAAAGGCUACCAACCAGUCCAGUUUGGUACUGAUAGGAGACGUGUUCAAGGAGCUGCAGAAGGAAUCAGAGUUCCAGAUGAAAGAAUGGGUCAGAAAGCAAGGUCCUCACUUUAUCGAGUAUUUGGGUUAUGAGGUGACACCAGAGUGCUGCGUUGUUCUGAAAUGCAAGGUUGGAAACAUGAAGAAGGACACCUCUGCGCUGUGGUACAAAGACGGACACGAGAUUAAAGCAGACGAGAAUCUGGGAUUCACCGAGGGAGUGCUGAAACUGGAAAUUGCUCAGAUUUCCAAGAAAGACUCUGGUGUGUAUGAGGUUGUUCUGAAGGACGACAGAGGGAAGGACACUUCCACGUUGAAUUUGACCGAUAAAGGUUUCAAAGACUUGAUGAAUGAAGUUUUCAGUUUCAUCGCCAAUUCCUCCACUCCGCUGAAGAUCACAAGCACAGAAAAUGGCAUCCGACUCUACACCUUUGUCAGCUACUAUAACGAUUUACUCCAAGUGACAUGGCACUACAAGGAUUCGGCCAUCUCCUUCUCUGACCGCAUUAAGAGUGGAGUGGUGGGGGAGCAGCUGUGGCUGCAGAUCUCAGAGCCCUCAGAGAAAGACAUGGGCAAAUAUGCCAUUGAGUUUAACGAUGGGAAAGGUGGCCUGAGGAGGACCGUGGAGCUGUCUGGUCAAGCAUUUGACGAUGCUUUUGCAGAAUUCCAGAGACUCAAAGCUGCUGCUAUUGCAGAGAGAAGUCGUGCUCGAGUAGCAGGAGGCCUGCCUGAUGUGGUCACUAUACAGGAGGGCAAGGCCCUCAAUCUCACCUGCAACAUUUCGGGCGACCCCGUGCCAGAGGUCACCUGGCUGAAGAACGACAGGGAGAUCACGUCCGACGAACACUGCAUUCUCAAGUUCGAGUCAGGCAAGUUCGCCAGCUUCACCAUCACCGGCGUCAACAUCUCGGACUCUGGCAAGUACAGCAUCCUGGUGAAGAACAAGUACGGCACGGAGAGCGGGGACUUCACCGUAAGUGUCUUCAUCUCUGAAGAGGCGGCCAGCAAGAAAAAAUAAAGGCGGUCCAAAUAUUGUCGUACAUAUGUAUAAAUGAAAAAAACACUGGAAACAGUUAAAAAAGAGAAACAAAAGUGAAUGUGUUGUAGAAUAUAGCAUUUAAAGGUGCUGAGUCUGAAAUGAAAUGUCAACAGAAGUUAAGAAAGAGUGCGGUGAUGAGUUAAAAUCAUAAAAAUACACAUUUGGUCAACAAUAACAAAUCUAACAUCAUGUCCACUCAAAAAUUUUACUGGUGCAAUUUUAGUUUUUCUUUGUGUAAAGUUGUGGCAUGCAGGGAGCCAAAUGUUUGCAUUCAUAUUACUUAUGAAACAUUACUUGACAAAAUAAUGCCAAAUAUUUAAGUUUAAGAGAUGUUGUGCUGAUGGGAUGCAACGUAAAGUCAAGGAAAUGAAAUCAUGUGUUGAUGGUCUAUUCAAAAGCAAAAUGUUAUUACAUGUUUUAUCCCAUUUGCUACAAAUUAGGUCUUAUUUUACUGCCAAGCAACAGUUUUAACAGCUUGUCUUUCAGGAAGCAAUGCAUUAUAUUAUAUUAGAAUUUAGUUUAAUUGUAUGACAAUGUAGAAAGGAUUCUGAGACUCAAAUUAUUGGUCAAAUUAAACAAUAGUAAACUAAUUUGUUGCAAAUGGGUUUAAACAUGCAUCGUGUCAUUUAAUCACAUUUAGCCCUGUUUUGCAAUAAUACACAAUCAUUUGAAUGUUGUGCUCAUGACAUCACGUCCAUUGUCUCCCUGUUAGUAGUGAACACUGUAUGUUUGCCCACUCUCAUAUUGUUAUUUAUGUAAUUCACCAUUGUUAUGAUAUCCCUUCACAUUAAUGAUUUUGAUGCCUCCUUUAUUGUGAUGAUAACGAUGCCACUGUAAUGAAGACUGUUGGAUCACUGUUCAUUAACAAUGGAUAUUGCAUAACUUCUUCCUUUCCUGAUUAGACUAAUAAAAAUGAGCAUGUACUUCCCCACUUCC